GCAAGUCCGCCUUGCGCCAUGGCAGACCCCUUCGAAGUGCGGCAGCGCUUCACAACGCUGCUCUCGCACCUGUCGGCGUCGCACACAUCCAUCCAGAAAGCCGCGAGCUAUGCGCUUAAAAACCGCGACAUGGACGAGGACCUACACAGCUGCAUUCUGGAGCAGCUGGAGCGCACCAACAUGAACACGCGCGCGAACAUCAUGUUCUUCAUCGAGAGCCUGUGUGAGUUGGCUGUCAAGGAUGCCGGGCCGAGUACAGGCGAGGGCAGUGCAAUGGGCUUCGUGAGGAUGCUGCAGCGGGACAUAUUGCCUGUGGUCGAAUGUGUGAUUGGCGAGGAGGGCGCCAACGUGAGGGUUGUGCGGAAGGUCCUGAACACGCUCCAGAAGAUCGACAUCCUCCUCCCAGAAACCGUCUCAGAGCUCGAAGCGGUGCUCCGGACCCGCGAACCAGACGACCCCUUCGACGGCUCGCCCGCGAAUAACGUCUCUGCAAAAAACGCCAAGUUGGACAAGCGCCAGAUCGAACAUCGGAUAGAAGAAGACCGCGAACGGCAUAAGAGGCUGCGGGAGAGCAUAUGGGCGGUACCUGGCGAGGGCGAGGAGGAGAUGCACAGGCUGUGGGACGAGGCGAGUAAUAUUGGGGAGGACGAUUACAUCAUUGGCAAGGAAGACAAGGAGGAGAGGGAUCAAGCUAUUGCGUUUGGUUGAGUGGAAACAUCAGAGCUGGCAUACGAUGUUGUUACAUGUGGGCUUUGCAUUCGGAAAAGCAUACGGCGUUUGGGACUCUCGCAUUUUCCAGGCGCAACGGGCUGAUACCCAGGACGGUGCUCUACAGACAUUGCAUUAUUCGAACGGAGAUC